GUGAUGAGAAAAGUAGCACAGAAAGGACUCUCUUAUAUUGAUUUUCUGCUGGACGGCCGUGAUUUUGAUUCAAAUCUUUAAUUGCUUUACGUAUUUGAGGAACUUUUUCCUUGAACUUUCGAGUAUUAAAUUGAAUCAUUUAUUUGCAUCAUUUUUGCAAAGUAACGCUAAAUCUGUUGUUAUUAUGGGAAUAGUGCUGAUCCCCAAUACUUCAACUGAGAACUCGAGACGUCGAUGGCGAACAAUUGAUAAUGAAUUGCAGUGUUUCCAUGAUUUUCUGCUCCGUGGGUUUGUCGCAAGCUUUUUGCGAUGGGAAUGUCUUGUGUAGAAUUUAAGUAUUUUCAUCUGAGUGCUCAUUAAGCACUGCUUCAGUCUUUGGACGAACGGGAGCGGUCGACAGCCGACUGCCACCAUGGGCAAUCAGCUGUCGAGCUUCUUUCAGUCGGGCAGCGCGCUGCUCAACUCAAACCACCGCCAACUGAGCGAGCAGACCACCAAGAAUGUCCGCUUCUUGUUCGACACGCUGCGGGCUAACCCGCGCAACAUGGUGCAUCGGCUCCAGCCGGUCCUCUCGCAGAUCAACAAGGGAGAGAACAUUCUUCAGGUGCACAACGAGGAGGGCUACAACCUGCUGCAGAAGUGUGUCGGCAUGAACAACCUGGAUAUGGUGCGCUGGAUCCUGAGCCGAAACCUGGACGUCAACCGCGGAGUGUGCUCGCUACCACUUCACAUCGCCUGCCUCAAAGGGUACGAGGACUGUGUGGAGAUGCUUCUGAAGCACGGCGCGCGCAUCGACGUGGAGGCGCGCAUGUGCUGGCCGGGCCCGCACAACCAGAACUGCGAGCAGCGCGGCAACUACUGCAGUCCGUUUGAGCCGGGCGGCGCCGACCAGCGCAGCAGCGACCGGCUCCAGUCGGCCGUCUACUACGCCAUUGACGGCGAUCAGGUGGAGAUUCUCGAGCUGCUGACCCAGCAGGGCGAGGACCACUGGUUGCCCUGGCACCAGAAGCGGCCUCUGCUACACAUUGCCUGCGAACGGGGCGCCUGGAACUGCGUGCAGUACCUGGUAUCAGAGAGGUCGGACGAGAUAAAUCAGUGCUACGACGAGUACUACCCCAUCCACCAGGCGGCGUUACAUCACGUCCAGUUUCUGGAGAGGCUGAUUGCGUGCGGUGCAGACACGCUAGUACGGACCUCCACACAGCAGAUGACGCUACUGCACGUGGUGUUUCUGUUGGGGAAGAAGACUGUGAGUGACACGCUUUGUACGGCCAAACUGCUGCUCGACCACGGCCUGCGGGAGUUGAUAAACGAGCCGGACUCGCUGGGGAACACGCCUCUGCACGCACUCAUCGCUAGGUACGCGCUGGAGGAGGCGCGCUACGGGUACGACCACGAGCCGCCACCGUGGACUAAGUGGGAUACGCUUCACCUAGUGCGCUACCUCCUCCAGAACGGCGCCGCGCCGAGCAUCAACCAGCAGGGCAACAGCGCGCUGGCCUGUGUGCUGCGGCACGUCAGGGACUGGGAGUUCAGGUACGAGCUGUUGGACAUGCUGCUGCAGAACAGCGGCAACCCCAACAUCGUGGGCCGUGACGGCUCUGUGCCGCUGAUGGUCUGCCUGGUGCCGCUCAUCAACAAGGACCCGCUGCACCACUUCAACCACACCAUGAAGGUGUUCUACCUCAACUGCGUGCGCAUCCUCUGCAAGCACGGCGCCAACCCCAACUGCUCGUCGCGCAGCAACCUGACGCCGCUGCACGUGCUCAUGUUCACUGCCUCGGAGAACAUCGCGCUCAGCCGAGAGGCAGAGAAGGCGCAGGCGUUCGACUUCAUUCGGCAGCUGCUGGUGAUUCUGCUCCAGCACGGACUCGAUCCGAACGUGCGCUUCAGUCAGCGGUCGCACCACAUCCUACUGUCGGUCAUCGACAUGGUGUCGUCGGCACGCAGCGCCGCCGACCUGGGGCACGUGCGUGACCUGACGCUGACACUGCUCCAGUACGGCGCCGACCCGAACGUCGCCAUUAGCACGAGCAACGAGCCGAAAAUCUGCCACUCACAGUCGUCCGUGUUCCUGAAGCGGUCGUCACACCAGGUGUUGUAUUUUUACAUCCAGCGGCUGAUCCGGCGCGAGGAGCUGCUCCUAGACCCGGAGAGGCGUUUUGAGCGCAUCAUACGGCUGUACUACAUGUGUAUGGACCACAGCGUGCUGUACAGUUGUCUGCGGCUGCUGCACACGCAGGCCACGCUGGCGCCCAUCAAGUGGCAGCUGGCCAGCCUGUUGCGUCAACUGCAGACCAACCCGCGGACUCUAAAACAGAUUUGUCGUGUGACCAUCUACGGUGCGCUGAGACGUCGGCCCGGUCCCAACGUCAGUAAACUGCCGCUGCCAGCACAGCUCAAGGAGUACUUGCUGAACUUUGAGCCGUAGUGGCCGACGGUGCCGCAGCGGACGGCUGCUCGCCGGGCGAGCCGCGCCGGGCCGGUGGUGGGCGACCCCCUCCUCCCCGCCCGCCUCCCGGCCGGCCGGAGACCCGGUGACGCGUCUCCGCCCGCGCUCCGAAGGCCUUGACGUGAUCUGUGGCGGCGCAGGACGCCAGUGUGAUCUCCGCGGCGGGACGGUGCGGCCGACCGACCGGCCGACUCCGACCCGACCCGACCCCGUGCUGCGUGCUGAGUGUCAGUUCUUAUCUGAGGUACGUGAGUAGCGUGAAAGUUUGGUGCAAUAGGUGGCCGACAGCUGAGUGAUAUUGAAUGUGAUGCGAGCGAGAGGACUGGGCGCGUGGUAAGUGCUCGAUAUUUGUGUGAUAUUGUCUGAGGACGACCCGCGGCUAUCCCCUCCUGUGUGAUCUAACGCGGGCGGUCCUCUGUGAUGAGUCGGCGGACCUCAGUCUUCGCGUGUCGCUCCCCGACCCGCCACAGUCGGCGCCGCCACAGAACGCACAGAGACGGGGUCUGCGGUUUUGACCUAAUCAGUAUUUAAGACGUUUUGUUAUUUGUGUUUGGCCGCUGCGGCGCGGCCGUGCCGGGCCCGGCGGAGCUUCGGUCGGCCAGUCGCCUCGGGUCGCCGGGCCGGGCAGGGCCGCGCCGCCAGCGGCCGUUCUGAGCUUACACGCAGUGGGGCCUUCGUCCCUCAGUUUAGGGCUGGGCAGAACGUACCGGGGGAGGGGAACGAAGUGGCUGCCAGGUUUGAAGGCCCGCCACACGGUAAGAGCUAUGCGCUUUUUGGUUCUUCGCCUUUUCCCGUCUUUAUUCAUUCACGUAGCUCCUCUUCCAGCUAUCCACCGAUCUUCCGAUUUUAUAUCAUGGAUAAGGCAGCCAUGUGUCUCAAGUAACAUAGACUGUUCAUUAUCGCCUCAGACUGACUGCAUGCUAAGGCUGCUUUCUUUACCGAGUGCGGCUUCCAUUAUUCUAGGGCUAUACUCCAGGCAUAUCUUGAGAAAAAAAGCAGAAAAGUGAGUAUCGCCUGCCGUGUCGCCCGUUCAGUUGCCGUCGCCGCCGCGCUGGAUAACGGAUGUGUUAUGUGCCGACUCGGGGACCGCUGCGUCUCGCUGAUGGUGAAAGUGCGUUCCGUGACGGGUGAAUUGGUGCUCGUGCUAACCAGUUCCUCCCAACCGAUUGUGCAUGGUCCUUCUUGUUGGUAAUCUGCGUUCUUUAUUUUGUCUUUACAAUGAGUCUCGUCUGCCUCAGUGUCCUCGAUAGAUUACUACCGUUGUUCUCGUCUUUGCCUGUUCCUUUACCGAGUCUGACUUUGUUUGGUAUCUAUCUGGGGAUGUAUUGCGAUGCUUGGGACAUGAUAUGACCGAAUAUCAGGUGACCUUCAUGCAGCCGCCACCCGUCAGGGCCCAUCGCGCCACUGCGCUGGGGCGCGGUCGGCUGGCCCGGUUCUUUCAGUUGUGAUCGGGGACGGGACUCGGCCCGACCUCCCCAGCCCGUGAUCGGUAUGUGCGCGUGUGUGUGCGCGGAGGGGCGGUCUGUGCUCGGUUUGGGUGGCCCUCGGCCGCCGGCGCCGUGGAUAGGAGGGUCGAGCGUCGGCUGACCGUGGACCGUCCAUGAGCCGGGAGUCCCCGCGUCAGUGGUCCUCAGCGUGAUGUCAUGACUCGUAUGACUCUGAUGUGCGUCUCGAGUCAGCCGGUGUAGGCCCGCUGGGCCCGUGUGAUUGAUUCAGUCCUAUUGAUUGGUGCUCGCGCGUGUGUGGCGAGCUGCUACGGCGCGUGCCGCGGCUCUCGCCGUCCCGCCCACCGUUGUUAGGUAAUCUCCCGGCCGGCAGCGCCGCCUCAGUCAGAGGAGCCGCCGCGCCGCGUUAUACUGUGUUCGCCUGAGGGUCGCGCGGGGAUGGCACAGGGCAGGGGUGGGUAGGAGGGGAGGCCUCCCUCGACAUGCCAGUGUUCACUGUACAGAUAUGAGUGGUCUACUUGAACGAACUUAUAUUAUGAUUUGUUAAAUAUAUCGAAUGCGACCGUG